CUUCCUCUUUACCAAAAAGUCGACAUGGCUCCAGCAACCAAGAAAGGUGGCAAAGCUCAGCCCGUGAAAGGCAAGAAGAAGAAGACCAUAAAGAAGUUCACAAUCGACUGUACCAGACCUGUUGAAGAUGGUAUCAUGGAUGCCUCUCUCUUUGAGAAGUUCCUGCAUGAGCGCAUAAAGGUCAAUGGGAAAACCAACAACUUUGGAACCAAUGUGAACAUUGAGAAGAACAAGAACAAAGUUGUCAUCUCUUCAGACAUCCCAUUCAGCAAGAGAUACCUCAAGUACCUCACCAAGAAGUUUCUGAAGAAGCACCAGCUCCGUGAUUGGCUCAGAGUGGUUGCAGACACCAAGGACUCUUAUGAUCUGAGAUACUUCCAGAUCAACAAUGAGGAAGAGGAGGAAGAUGAAGGCGAUGAAUAGACUAUCUAAUCUAUUGUGACAUCAUAGACAGUGGAUAUAUAGUGUCUACCUCACACACGGAACUUUCCAGUGUUGUAUGAUGUACUACUAGCCUCAUUGUAAUAAAAAGAAAAAAA